AGAGCGCCAUUAGCAAGCAUGAUGCAGAACGAACUUCUCACAAUCGUCACUCUAUGGUUGAUCGUCCCAGGGCUGCUUUCACAGAUGGAUGAUAUUAACAGGUGCGUGUACGAAGUGAACGAACGUGAUUUAGUUGCCAACUGUUCUAGCAGAAACCUCACUGCAGUCCCCCAAGGAUUUGUUAAAAAUGUGACUGUCAUUGAUUUGACAAUGAAUAAAAUAACAAGCAUCGGAAAGAUGUCCUUUCCUUACCCUCUGAAGGUACACACGCUCAGUCUGCAUCAGAAUCUGCUUACUCAUCUUGAUGAAGGUUCUCUGAAGAAUUUACCAGAACUUUCGAAACUUGACCUUGGAGGAAACAGUAUUAACUUCACAUCUUUAUCGUUACCGACAGGUCUCUUCAGAGGUCUUCCACUAAAACGCCUUUUAAUGAGUAACAUGAGUGGUAUACUCAAUGCGGAAUACCCAGAGGAUGCAUUUCUUGAUCUCCAUCAACUGCAAGAGCUCUCCAUUGACGCGCCUCCAAACCCAACAUUUGGUGUUGGAUUUCUCAAUAUGACAAAUUUACAAACUUUAACCAUUAGCUUUUGUGAAAAGGAAAGCUUAAAUACAAGUGCAUUUGAAGUUUUCCAAAAGUUUAACCUUUCAGCAUUUCAGAUAAAUGCAUGUGAUAUAGGGCAGGUUGAUACAAAUAUUACUGAUAUAUUUCCCAAUUUAGAUAUCUUAGACAUUAGGGACACGGUCGGCACCGAUCUACCCAAGCGAUUGAUGAGUUUAAAGAAUUAUGAAAACUCAUCCAUGCAACGAGUUUCAUUCAUUAAAAACGUGGCGGGAGAUAAGGAUCCUACUGAAUAUUGUAACAUGUUAUCAAAAGAUUUGACACGUUAUCUUAUCACAAUGUGUGUUUCAGAAGUGUAUCUUAUUGGUAACAAAAUACAAAUCAUUGAGAGAGGUACUUUGAUUCAGCCACCAUUUUCCGAAUGCCUUCGCGUUUUAGAUCUCAGUCACAACAUGAUCCUCGAUGAGUAUGGGAUACUUGAAACGCUUUACUUUUAUCCAAAUUUGGUCUCAUUUCACUUUGAACAAUUUUUGGAAGAUCUCAAACAGGUUUAUCAUCAAGUGUUUCAUUUCUAUGAUGCAAGUUCAAUUUUUCAAGACACAAAUGAAACUGUAUGGCCACCACACAACCCCGAAACAUGUCUCUUCACUGUGGGUGCUGAAAAACGAGACAAUGAAGUUAUUCUACAAAAUGAACGUAGUAAAAGAGAGAUUUUGAUUUUGGUAUUUCCUCGAAAUCUGACCUCGCUUUAUUUUGCACCAUCAUUAAAACCUUUUGCUAAUAUCGAACAUAAUCUGGUUUUUUGGGGAACUGAAAAAUGGUCAAAAGUGCGUUUUUCCAACUGUUCGGUACUUGCAAAAAAUGUCAAGUUCUUUGGACUAGAGAACCUUAAAAGUUUGGAAAUUUCUGGCAACGGAUUUACAGAACUACCAACAACAUUUAUGAAAUCCUUCCCCAAUAUUCAAAAUCUGUCAUUGAACCAUAUCACACACGGAUUUGGGGAAAUAAGUGAAAACAUAGACUCUGAAGACCCUCAGUGGGUGUGUAGCACCUUGAGACAGAAGCUGGAAGAUGAAAGGGAGCUUCGUCUCUGUAUCCCUGAAAGAGAUUUCGAUCCAGGAGUCUACACCUGUGAGGAGGUUCUCGGUGCCAUAAAUCAAAGUUGGAAGACUAUUAUCUAUCUGACCCAGACCUUCCUGGAGGACGAGCUAUGCUCCUUCAGGCUUUCAUCUGCUAUUUAUGUCGGUGAGAACCUGACGUCUGAUAGAUUCAUCAUACUGUACUCGGAUGCUGUGUUCCGUCACCCACUCCCUUCUAUCAUUAACCAACUUCUGGAUAAAGACAACAGGUUUCCUAUAGAGAGGUUCCAUGAGAGUUCAUUAUGGGAUCAGCUUCACAGCAGGAUCUUGUGUAAGGAUUGA